UUGGUUUGUUAAAAUGCGGGUUCAAAUUCAAAGAUCUUCCCAAAUUCUAGAAUUCUUGAAACAGAAAUCGGUAUGGCUGCAACCCUGCAAGACAACGUCUUCAGUAUGCGUGCUAGACUCCAAGGAUGCUGUGCAGGUUGCACCUUGUGGACACAGUCUCAACUCCAUUCCGGGACCCACAAGGUGGCCGCUGGUCGGCAGUCUAAUCCAGCUGCUUUGGAAGGGGGGCUUGACCCGGCAACACGACAUAUUGAUUGAGUACCAUAAAAAGUAUGGGAAGAUUUUUAAAAUGAAACUGGGACCCUUUGAAGGUGUUCACAUCGGCGCACCUUGUCUGCUGGAAACGCUGUUCAGAAAAGAGAGCAUGUACCCACAGCGACUGGAAAUCAGACCCUGGAAAGCAUACAGAGAUUUGAGGAACGAGGCAUACGGACUUCUUAUGAUGGAGGGGAAAGACUGGCAGAGAGUGAGGAGCGCGUUUCAGCAAAAAUUAAUGAAACCUACAGAGGUUGCUAAACUUGAUGUGAAAAUAAAUCAGGUUUUGGCCGAUUUCGUCAAAAGAAUUGGAAGUGUGAGCCACAACGGACAGAUCAAUGACUUGUAUUUUGAAUUGAACAAAUGGUCUUUUGAAACCAUUUCAUUGGUACUGUAUGAUAAGAGAUUUGGACUUCUGCACCAGGAUGUGGACGAAGAAGCCAUAAACUUUAUAACAGCAGUAAAAACAAUGAUGAGCACGUUUGGCACGAUGAUGGUAACUCCAGUGGCGCUUCACAGAAUCCUGAACACAAAGACGUGGAAGGACCACACCGCCGCCUGGGAUCGUAUAUUUAGCACAGCAAAAGUGUACAUCGACAAGAGACUGAAACGUCACGUGAGCAAACCGGGAGAUGACUUCUUGUGUGACAUCUUCCACCAAAGCAACCUUUCCAAGAAGGAGCUAUAUGCAGCCACCACAGAACUGCAGAUAGGGGGGGUGGAGACGACUGCCAACAGCAUGCUGUGGGCUAUUUUCAACCUCUCCCGCAACCCCUGCGCACAAGCAAAGUUGCUUCAGGAAAUUCAAGCUGUGGUCCCCCUCGAUCAAUCCCCCAGUGCUGACCACAUUAAGAGAAUGCCGUAUCUCAAAGCCUGUCUUAAGGAGUCAAUGCGGUUAUCACCCUCUGUCCCAUUCACAAGCCGAACAUUAGAUAAAGAGACCGUGCUGGGAGACUACGCCUUACCGAAGGGAACAAUCAUGAUGAUAAGCAGUCAUGCUCUGGGCUGCAACGAGGAGUACUUUGAUGAUGGAAAGCAGUUUAAGCCGGAGCGGUGGCUGCAGAACAGGAGCUCCAUCAACCCCUUCACUCACGUGCCCUUUGGGAUUGGGAAGAGGAUGUGCAUCGGCCGCCGGCUGGCAGAGCUGGAGCUCCAGCUGGCCCUGUGCUGGGUGAUUAGGGAGUAUGAGAUUGUGGCGACAGAUACUGAACCAGUGGAAGUGAUUCAUUCAGGACUGCUGGUCCCCAACCGUGAGCUGCCUGUGGCCUUCAUCAGGAGAUGAGGGCACAACUGGGCUUCCUCCAUGUCCAGGGCAGCUGUGCAGGAAGACAGAGGCUGCCAGCAUGAGAUGCUUACCUCUAGGAGCCUCUGCCUCUGCAUCACCUGUUCUCAAGCAAUACUGGAGAAGAGAGAAGGACAAUGUCAGAGCGAACAUCAGCAGAAUAGCAAUCUUACUUUUUAGCAUUAACUCAUUGUGAGUCAUUGAUCACCAAAACAAAAUAUGUAUUACAGGAGGCAACAAAAGAAACAAACAAAAAACAAUAAUAUUGAUGAUAUGGAAACAAAUGUGCAGCUUAAAAUGAAAUUGAUUCCACAUGCUGUAAUCAUUAUUUUAGAAUGGUGAUGACAAAGAUUUUUAUCCUGAUUUCAACUAAAGUCAUGUGAAGAACUGAUGACUUGCCUGGAUAAAAAUACAAUUUUAAUGCUACAACAAUGUAUCUUUUAAUACUGUAUAUACUCAACUAAAACUGCUUUCAGAAAAGCUGUGCAAAAUGAGUUUUUCAC